CCUCAUGCACUACUAUAUCACAAUGCUUAUCACGCCGGCGAAUCCAUGCGGUGGCAUAGCCGGAUUAUUCGUUUUCCGACAGAAAGCUCAAAUGACUAAAAUACCCUCGCUCACAAACUUGAAUAACUACCGAAACACCCUUUUCACCGCCCCUCCGGUGGCGGAGAGAAGAGCUUUGAAGGCAUUCCGGUGCGGUGCUCGGAGAAGGGUGAGAGACGAGGGAGGUGAAGAUGAAGAUGAAUUGUAUGGAUACAACGAGGAGAUGGCGAUGUUGGAGAUAUAUAGCCAGUCGUGUAGAGAAGAAGCGCUUAUAGUAACGGCCAUUGUCGACGAUGAAGAAGUGGAAGUUGUAAUCUUUAAAGGAGUGUCGGCGUGCUUGAGCGGAGAAACAGCGGUGGAUCCGGCGAGGAGUGUGUUGCCGGAGAGAGCAGUGAUUACAAAGAUUGAUAGAGUGAGAGGUCCUUUUGAUCCUUCACAGAUUCAUUACAUUCAAAAGGACAUCUCUUUUCAAGCCUUCAAGGACACCAGACUCAACUAAUGUUGAUGAAUGUUGAGUUUGGAUCAAUGAAGCUAAUGAAAAUUUCAAUUCUUU